UCAGAAUUAAGAUGAGUGGAAAACAGAACAUUGCCAACAUGGACACAAGGCAGGAGUUGGCGGAGUUGGUUCGGAGAAGAGCGGAGAUAUCAGAUACUUUAGCAAACCUAGAGCGACAAAUCUAUGCAUUUGAGGGAAGUUAUUUGGAGGAUACUCAUCAGUACGGAAAUAUUAUUCGAGGCUGGGAUAGAUAUCUCACAGCAACUAAGGCUGGUGGAAGCACGGACAAAAAAACGAGAAAGUUUAAAGAAAAUGAGCGGUUGUUCUCAAGGUCUAGUAUAACAUCAAUGGCAGCCGUCACAGGAGGAAUUGUUGAUCAGGAGAGCACAGCGACCAAGGAGAGUCGAAGUGACCCAGACUCUGCACUAAACUCUGAAGCUGAGGAUGUGCUUUCUGACAAGGAAUCCAGGAAAUCCUCCAGUAAACUAUCCAAGAAAUCCAGCAAGAAAACCAAACGUUAAUUACUCUCCAGCCAGUUGAUCAGGGCACGGAAAAGUUUGGAGGGUCUGAUCAUAUUUCAAUAAUGUUCUUUCAAUAUAUGUUUUUUUCAGCAAAAUAAUAAGUACAAAAUGUCGACUUAAUGUGUCUAAUGUCAUCAAAGAUUUACAACAGUUUUCUUUAAAAGCUUGUUUGAUAGAGAUAUCUCUGUUUUUGUUUUAAUAACUUGGGCUAGCCUUAUUUCUAAAAAGCGAAUUUUUAAAC